CCGAGCACAUGGGUGGGAGCGCAGUGCGUCGAGAGCAGUCAGCGUGUGCGUACAGACUCGCUGCUCCUCUUCUCACACAGUUCAUUAUUUUGGUAAAUCUACACAAUUGGCGUGGCCGGGGACUGGCUCCCCUCUGGGUUACCUGUAAUAGGAUAGAGGAGCAUGAACUACAUAGGAAAGUUCAUAUCCAACUUCAAGGAUUUCUACAAUGAGAUCAACGCUGCAACUUUAACAGGCGCCAUCGACGUGGUGGUGGUGCGACAGGAAGAUGGCACCUUCCUCAGCUCCCCCUUCCACGUCCGCUUCGGCAAGAUGGGCGUCCUCAGGAGCAGGGAGAAAGUGGUUGAUAUUGAGAUUAAUGGAGAACCCGUGGAUAUACAUAUGAAGUUGGGAGAGACGGGAGAAGCUUUCUUUGUAGAAGAAUUAGAAGAUGGUGUGGAGGUGAGUCCUCAGCUUGGAACAUCACCUCUCCCACCCUCAGUUUUCCAAGAAAAGCUAGAAUUAAUCAAGACAGAAGAUGAGGAAAAAUUGCAAGAUUCUGGCGUUGAUGAGUCUCUCUCUUCAUCAAGUACUUUACCAAAGAGUAAUGCUAAUUAUGAUACAUCAAGUGAAACAAUUGUACCUUUGAACCAUGAUACCUCAGAAUCUACUCUACAGUCAGAUGCACUUGAGAGUGAAGAGCCUAUUACUGCUCUAUCACAUGAUGAUAAACACAAGAUAGAGAGCAGUGAAGUCGGUGUAAUUCAAAGAGUAAGAAAGCAGGACAGGAAGAAGGAACAAAGGGAUUGCCAAACACAGACAGAGACCACUACCAUACUUAAACCAAUUCCCAAGAAGAUUGAAGAUUCCAGCUUAAUAAAAGGGUCUUCUACAAGAUCACUUAAUACAGAUGUAUCAAAUUUAAAGCAAAAUCUGUUAAUAGAAGGUCAAGGAAGUAAAACAGAUGGUGAAGAAACUGUAAGAGCAAACAAAAGUAGCCGUCGUAAACGUAAGAAGCGGUGCAAUGGGAAAAAGCAGCGUCCAAAGAGUUCAGGUAGUCAGUCAAGUGACACCUCGACUACAAGUGAAGUAGCAGAUCUCUCGACCAUCUUGCCCAGAGGGCCAUUGCCUAGAGCCAACCAGGAAGGCAUUUUUAUAAUGGAUGAUAUUGACUCGGCUGAGAAGUCUGGUCCAAGCUCGUCUUCUCCUACCACUAACAUGGCGCAGUCCACGUCAAUGCCGUUGCUGCUUGAAAAAUCCCAGGAUGAAGUGGUAGACGAAUGGAGUGGUGGUAUUUCACGAUCAAUGGGGCCAGAUUUCCACCCCUUCAGUGACACCGACCUUAGUCCUCCCCCAAGCCCUUCUAACUCAAGACCAGCAACUCCAAUCAAAUCUGAUACAGAAUAUGAAGUGGAGAGACAAAGAGCUGACUUUGCUGACGGGUCAUCUCAAACUGAUGAGAUGAAGUGGAACUGGGUGUGGGGAGAGCUGCCCACGCCACCUCCCAAGACCCCAACGCGCACAGCAAGUUUAAAAUGUGAUUCUCCGGCUGGAAAGACAGAAAAUGAUAAGCUGGCAAAGACAAGUAAGAAAGAAGAUGAUGAGCGCUCUGUGUUGGGCAGUAUGUUUAGCUUCAUGCGGGCCACCAAGAAGGCUCGGCAUAACCCUGAGAGCGAGGGCAUUUAUCUCGAUGACCUCAACUUGGAUGAGCUUGACCCAGAAGUGGCCGCUCUAUAUUUCCCCCGUAACUUCAAGGUUCCUGAGAAACGUGGCUACAACAGCUACUCAUCCGGUGUUGUCAAAGAUGAAGAUGCAGAGUCUGGCAAUGGGCCGUCACUUCCUCAGUCGCCUCACAGUGUAGAAGGAGCUGUUGGAGGACCCAAGAUUUGUAGUGACUCAGACUUUGAAGACUCCAGGCAUCCUAUAUUUGAUUAUAAGGGCUACGAAGACAUAGCAUUUUCGUUAUGUGGACGUCUUAAUGAAUACGAGAAGAACUUUCCCGAGAGCCUGUUUUUGCAAAGCCUUGUUACUUAUGAUGACUUCUGCGAGAAUCUUCAAAUUCUAGACAAUCCUGACCUUGUAAUAAGGUUCGGUGGGAAGUACCUCAACUGGAACACUGCUGGUCCUCAGAUUCUCUCUCUUGUACUGUUCCAACAACCAAUCCCACAGAAAUUGGCAGAUAUUCUGAACAAGGAACACAUGCCCAAAAAGGAGAUACGAAAACGAUCAGAAUCAAGGGGCUACUCGUGGUUUUCAUCCUGGAGACGUAACAACCAAACUGAAGACAUUGAGAGCAAUAAAGAGGGGACAAAUGAUGAAAGAAUAUUAUCUCAGCGUGGUACAGAGUUCCAUAAAGAAACUGGAACCUCGGCAACAGAAGAGGCUUCCAGCACGCUUGACUCCAAUGUCAUAGAAGUGACGGCAGCAGAGACUCAGACCAGCUUGCCUGGAACUCCAAGAAAGAAGGGACUUCAUAAUUGUAAAACUGGAACAGAUUCUUCAGAGUCAGAGGACCUAGAUGAUGGGAAAGAUAGACUUUUUAUUGGAGAACGGUUCAAGAAGAGCUUAAGGUUAUCAUCUGAUCAGAUUGCCAAGCUCAAUCUGGUUGAGGGAAGCAACGAAGCACUCUUCUCAGUGACAACGGCUUACCAGGGAACAACACGCUGCAAAUGCCAUAUAUUCUUGUGGAACUAUGACGAUAAGAUUGUUGUGUCCGACAUCGAUGGGACCAUCACCAAGUCUGACGUACUAGGUCACCUCUUGCCAAUCUUAGGCAAAGACUGGGCCCAGAGUGGGGUUGCUCAGCUCUUCACAAAGAUUAAGAAUAAUGGCUAUCACUUCCUGUACCUGUCAGCCAGGGCCAUAGGGCAGGCCCGCAUUACCAGAGACUACCUUAGAUCCAUUAAACAGGGAGAUCUUUCAUUACCCGAUGGGCCUUUACUGCUGAAUCCAACCUCUUUAAUACAAGCUUUCCAUCGUGAAGUGAUCGAGAAGAAACCAGAAGAGUUUAAGAAAUCCUGUUUAAGGGACAUAAAAGCUCUCUACCCUGUCGAUAGAAAUCCAUUUUAUUCUGGAUAUGGAAACAAAAUAAAUGAUGUUUGGGCAUACCGUGCUGUAGGGAUUCCUAUUUCUCGGAUCUUCACAAUUAAUCAUCGUGGCGAACUAAAACACGAGCUGACACAGACAUUCCAGUCCUCCUACUCCAACCUUAGUGAUAUUUCCAACCACAUGUUCCCCCCGGUGGCCCAUCAGGAGACCCUGGGCGAGUACUCGUCUCUCCAGUACUGGCGGCCUCCCAUGCCAGAUGUAUCUGAUGAAAUUGCGGCUGUUCUAGCCCAGGAACGAGGAAAAUAACUUGCAUCUUCAACCUGUUUUAAAUUAUUAUCGACACAAACUGAUGUCCUUGGAAGACGAUGUUGUUCGCUUUCAACAUUCCAAAGAAAUGGAGCCUGUUUCUGAUGAAAGAAGUCAUCUUUAAAUUAAAAUUUGUUACAGACAAUGGAUUACAUUAUUCUGCUAGUUUCUCAGAACGUUCCCUAAAUUAACACUUCAUUGUUCCUUAUGUUUUUCUCUUAUAUUUAUAGGUAGAAUAAAACCUGUUGCCCAGACACAGUAAAAAUUCAGAUUCUCUAAGCAAUUAAGUUUAUUCAUAUAAUGGCACAUUGCUGUUUCAAGGAGUUACUCACCUCAGGGACUGAUUUUGGGCUAUUGUUACUUGACAAGUGGUUUAAUAAGUCAAUAUGCUAUUAAAUGACUGGAUUCAUAGAGGGUAUAAGGCUAUUGAAAUACUGGCCCCCCAAAGAGUUAAAAGAUUUGUGUAUAUAAUUUUCUUGUAAUACAGUGUCAUGAAAUCCAGUCAGUGCUUGUCCAGAUGAGGAAUACUGUGACUAACAGCAAGUUAAUGUUUGCAUUUGUACACUGAAGGCAAAGAUCAGUGCCCGGCCAGAUAAUAAAUCACGAUAACAUGGCUGAAACAAAUAACCCAACCCCACACCCGAAAUGAAAGUACUGUAAUAAUGUUACAGUAGAUUCUGGACCUUCAAUCGGAUCAUAAGGCGAUGAAGAUCUAGGAUGGCCUGAAAUGUAAUUAGUUUGGUUUCAUAUGCAUAGGUUGGUUAUUUAUGAAGCCAUGCUUAGCAGUAUCCCAUCCUUUACUAGGUGUUUUGUUUAUGCUCUUUUUACCAAAUUACAAAUUGGGUUGCCCAAGCUGAAUCUUCCUCGCAAAUAAACUACUGUUCAAAUAACCACCAGCCUAAUAAUUUGCUUAUUCAGGUUUGUAGUUGAAUUAUUGUACUGUAUGGAAAUGGGAAAUAAUUUGCCAUUAACAAUAAAAAUUAUUGUUUGAAUAAUAGCAAAUUUAAUUUCCAUUUGAAGUAUUUUGUGUAGGUUCUGUAGUCAUAGAAAUAAGUUACUUAUAAUAAUAUGAAGUUAAGAAUUUAUUUUCUGCAUAUCAUUUCAUUUUUAUUCAGGGAAUUUUCAUUAUACAGUUUAUCUAUAUACAGCAUAUUUAUUUUUUGUACAGUUUUGUUUUGUCAUUGUAUGAGUGUUUCAUUUCAUUUGACUGAUAUUAUGAGGGUAGUAUCAGACAGUUUCAUUCUCUCAUUACCUGUGAUGUUUUGUUGAUAUGUACUAGGUCAAUUAUGUAUUAUUAAGGUUUGACAAGAAAUUAAUAUAUAUUUUCCAUUCAUAAGUCUUACCAUUUACAUUGUGUAUAACAGGCUCUUCAGUCAUCAGAUUUACAAAUAAACUCGCAUGUAAGAAUUCGGUUUAAGCUGCAUUUGCAUCUGUGAUUGAUAUACAGUUAAAAGGCAAGCAAACUGUUCUUUAGAAGUUGUAGUUGGUCAUGGGUGAUGAGUUACUUGCGCAGUGCUAUCAAUUGUGAUGUGUUUAAUAUUUAGAGCAAGGUGCUGUAACUUAGCUUGACCCCAUUAUGUGCUCAUCGCUCCUGAAUGGUUCAUGCAUAUAUGGGUCCUAGUCACCACUUCUUGUAAACCAUUCAGGGAUUUUAUAGUUACGUUUUAUGAGCUGCUUACACAAACCUCUGUAGUAACAUGUUAACUUCAAGUUUUUCAUUAGUUCCUCUCCAUUGAAAGAAAUGUCUUAAAAUAAUUUUCUGUAAUAAUUCAGAAUUUCAUGAACUAUGUAAGAAAAAUUGCUUGAUUUUGUAUGUCUGGAUGAAACCAUACAUGUUUUGAUAUACUGUAUUGAUAAGUUAUUUUUUUUUGGCAGUUUUGUUACCAUAUUAAAUGAAGUAGAAAUAUUGGCACCAGAUUGAGGUUAUGUGAGCAACAUGUGUCGUUGUUUUUAUCACAAAAUUAAAUAAUAGCUUGCUUGAUAUUAGGACUAGUAGUACGGUGGAGUGGAGAAUAAAGUACGAUGAUGAUAUUGUUUAGUGUUAAGCUCUUUGGCAUAAGAUAUGAAAGACACUUUGUGAUUGAUGUAAUCUGUAUAUGAAGUGGAAGGCAGCAGAGCUCACUUGUAAAACACAAUAAUAAUUACAAGUUUGAUAUAACAAAUCUCUAAUCUUUGUUGGAAAUAGUUUCCAUAUUGUGUGAUAAUUUAUAGUUGCCUGAAAUAUAUAUUUUUUUAAUUUUUUAAACGGUAUAAUUUCUUAGUUUGUGUGUUCUUUGAACCAUUUUUUGAAUAUAUCCAGGAAAGUUGUCACAUAAUUUUAAGUAUAUCAGUGUGUGCUAUUACUACAGACCAGCUUAGUGAGUAAUAAGAUUAUUUUCAACAUGGAAUUUUUGUUGCAUAUGUUUUUGUGUGCGUCUUGUGUAUAAAAAUGUUUUGCUUGCAUCAGGCAUAUUUAGGUUAAGUUGUAAUGGAUUGUACUUGAUACAUGUGGCUGUAAAAAUGUUUUGUUAUUUUGUCUUCCAGGGAUUGUUUGUGCAAAAGAUUGGAAGACAAAUUGCAUUAUCUUUUGUUGUAUUGGUAGUAGAUGUAGUGGUACUGUACUUGAAAGUGACAGUCAGGUUAAUUUGUUUAUUAUGAAAAAAGGAUGUCGAAUCAGAAAUGGCAUUAAGCAUAUUUCAUGUUGUUAUACGUGUUUGUUAUUGGAAUGGUAUUUAAAGAGAUGCCCAUCAUACUUAACUGCUUAGUUAAACCAAAAACAUAAUUUUCAUGUUUUGUGAAGCCUCGGUAUUUCAAUUUGUGGGUUCAGUUUGUACGAGGUGGAGUUUUCAGCCUUAAUUCUGUAAAGAACCUUAAUACUCAAAUGUGGAAGGUUUGGCAGUCCCUCUUAUUGUAUAUUGUAAUCCAGAAAAUACAAAUCUUGUAUUUCUUUUGUUAACUUGACUGGACAGUAGAGCAACAGUCUCACUUCUUGCAAGUUGGCAUUCACUUCCCAACUGUCAAAAGGCAAAAGUUGGGCAUCAUUCCUUCGUCGUAUCUUAAAUCCUUGUCCCCCCUCCAAAUGCUAUAUAGUCGUAGUGACUAUUCUCCUGAUAAGUACCUUACCUUGAGUUUUUCUUGGUUCAUUAAUAUGUAUAGAUUUAUGAUUCCCCAGUCUUGUGUUCAGUAUUCUUUCUUAUUCCAUACUUAAAUAAGUAUGGCAGUAUUAUGACUCGAGUGUGCUUAUUGAUGACCAACGCCAGUGAGUUGAUAUCCAGGACUGUGCUGUCUCCUCGCGAUACUUUUAAGUUAUGCUCUUUGCAAUUGUUUUUCUUUUUUAUAGGUCAGGAAAAUUUAGAUAGUUAACUGGAAUUUUCAAAUUUUCAUUCAAAUUUAAGCUGCUUAUGAAUUAGCUUUUUUCAGUAUAGGUUAUCAAUCUUAGUGUUUAUCAACACAGGACAUGACUGAAAUUACUGUAUUCAUCUCCAACAUUCUUGGCAUUAGUAAUGCAAUUAGUGAAGGUGAUGGAAAGAUCCAAUAUAUGUAUAAAUGUAUUAAAACUCCAAUUUUUUUUUUUUUUUUAUGUAACCGACAUCCUUUCUCAAGAUCAUGUACAAUAUUCAGAACAUUGUAUACAGAACCUUGAGGAAGCAUGUAGGUUACAUACAAAAUUUUUUUAAUUCUGUACAACAUUUAUUGGGUCUUUCCUUCACCUUCAUUCAAGCACUAUGGCAUUGUAUUAAGUUCUCCAAUGCAAUUAGUGAUAUGCUUGCAUUCUGGUUCUGAAUAAAGAUUUGAUGGCAUUUAAUAAAUGAAGAUGUCCCAACUAUAUAAGAUAAUCUAUAUACUGUAGAUAGUAAUACAUCUGGCUACACUUUCCUCCAACUACUAGGCAUUGCUACAUUUUCAGCAUUGUUAAACAUACAAAUGAUACUGCUGCCUUAACACAGUAAUGUUAGUGUACACACUGGAGACUAGACCAAGUGAGUCUGCAUUAGUCAUGCUUAUUUUACUUCAUUCUUGAUAAUGUGCUCACUUAAAUAAAACUACAAAGUUG